AAGACUAUAAAUAUACGGACAACGGAAUAUAAAAGAGGGAGGGGGGGGGGAGAGAAAAUAUACCAUUUCCCUUCGGUUAGACUUUUCCUCGGCAUCCUCUUCUCCAUCCCUCUGAUCCCCGAGAAUUCGUUCUUUCUAAUUUAUACAUCGAUCUUUCUCGUUAUCAUUUCGACAGUCUCCUAAAUUACAUAUAAUAUAAUACUAAUAAUAUUUGCAAAAGAGGGGGACAAAGCGGGCUAUGAUUUUUUGAGCGGAAAUGGGGAUGAUUUCGAGGGGAGUGAUGCCUGUCUGCGGGAGUUUGUGCUUUUUUUGCCCGGCCUUGAGCACCAGAUCCAGGCACCCCGUCAAACGUUACAAGAAAUUUCUCACUGAUAUUUUUCCUCGAUCUCCGGACGAACACCCUAAUGAAAGAAUGAUCGUUAAACUAUGUGAAUAUGCUUCCAAGAAUCCUCUUCGUAUUCCAAAGAUAACAAGUUCAUUAGAGCAGAAAUUUUACAAGGAUUUGCGAACUGAGCAAUUUCAUUCCGUAAAAGUUAUUAUGCUUGUCUACAAGAAGUUGAUUAUUUCUUGUAAGGAUCAAAUGCCUUUAUUUGCUAGUAGCUUUCUUACCAUUAUACAAGUCCUGCUGGAUCAAACAAGAAUGGACGACACACGAGUAUUGGGAUGCCAAGCUCUUUCUGUUUUCGUGAAUAAUCAGAGGGACGGUACUUAUAUGUUCAACUUAGAUGGGUUAAUUCCAAAACUUUGUCUUUUAGCUCAAGAAAUGGGAGAGGACGGAAGGGCUCACCAUUUGCGUUCUGCUGGUCUUCAAACCCUUUCAUCAGUGGUUUGGUUCAUGGGAGAGUUCUCUCAUGUCUCAGCAGAAUUUGAUAAUGUUGUUUCAGCGGUCUUGGAAAAUUACAGAGGUUUAGAAACAUCAGAUGAUAAUAUCAAUGACAAGCAAGACACACAGAACUCCUCUAUUAAAGACAAUUUCUCUUCCACAGAUGCCAUUACAACACUUUCUUGGAGGAGUAUUGUGACUGAGAAUGGAGAAUUUAAUGUGCCUGCGGAGGAGGUGGAGAAUCCCAGAUUUUGGUCUAGAGUUUGUCUACAUAAUAUGGCCAAGUUAGCUAAGGAAGCUACAACUGUCCGACGUGUCUUGGAAUCUUUGUUUCGUUUUUUUGAUAAUGAGGAACUGUGGUCUAUCCAGGAUGGGGUAGCUCUUUCUGUCUUGAAAGUCAUGCAGUUGAUAAUUGAAAAAUGCGGGGAAAACACACACUUUUUGCUGUCCAUCUUAAUAAAGCAUCUUGACCACAAGAAUGUACUGAAGAAGCCCAGUAUGCAGCUACAUAUUGUGCACGUUGCCACUUCCCUUGCUCAACAAACAAAGGUUCAGCCUUCUGUGGCUAUAAUUGGUGCAUUAACUGAUAUUACAAGACACCUACGGAAAAGCAUACACUGUUCACUUGAUGAUUCCAAUCUGGGAGCUGAGGUGAUUGAAUACAACCAAAAUUUUCGAGCAGCUGUAGAUGAGUGCCUUGUGCAGUUAUCAAACAAGGUUGGGGAUGCAGGUCCUGUCCUUGAUAUGAUGGCUGUGAUGCUGGAGAACGUACCAAACAUUACUCUUAUGGCCAGAACCUUGAUUUCUGCAAUUUAUCGUACUGCUCAAAUUAUGGCAUCUGUUCCAAAUCUAUCAUACCAAAAUAAGGCUUUUCCUGAGGCAUUGUUUCACCAAUUGCUUCUAGCGAUGGUCUGUGGAGACCAUGAAACAAGAGUUGGUGCUCACCGCAUAUUUUCCGUUGUUCUGGUUCCUUCAUCUGUUUGCCCUUGUCCUCAUACUGCUACGCCUUCUUCAAAGAAAGCCUCUAAUUUGCAGAAGACACUCUCAAGAACUGUUUCCGUAUUUUCCUCUUCGGCUGCACUCUUUCAGAAGUUGGGUACGGAAGAUAUAGAAAUAUCUGGGGACAACAAGGUUGGGAACACCAAUGGCUUUUCCAUGCAAGACAGGUUGACUUCUAAAAAGCAGCCAUCAACCAUAAAUGAAAAUGGGACUGUAGGUGCUGACAGUGCAAAACUUCAUAGUCCAAGCAUGCUGAACCGGCUCAAGUCAAGUUACAGCCGAGCUUACAGUAUAAAGAUGAAUCAACCAUCUACAAUAGAAGAUGAAAAAUCAACGAAUAGUGCAGUUGAAAAUCUAGCUUUACCUCUUCGAUUGAGCAGUCAUCAAAUAACUCUUAUGCUUUCAUCUAUUUGGGCACAAUCUCUCUCUCCUUUAAAUAUGCCUGAAAAUUUUGAAGCAAUUGCUCAUACCUACAGUCUGGUGUUACUAUUUGCACGAACAAAGAACUCCUGUACUGAUGCUAUGAUUCGAAGCUUUCAGCUGGCCUUUUCCUUAAGAAGCAUAUCUCUGGAAGGAGGGCCACUGCAGCCAUCACGUAGGAGGUCCCUCUUUAUCCUUGCUACUUCUAUGAUCAUCUUCUCAUCAAAAGCCUACAACAUACCCCCACUUUUCCCCUGUGCUAAAGCUUCACUUAUGGAGAAAACGGCUGAUCCAUUUCUGCAAUUGGUCGAUGACUGCAAGUUACAGAUUACUAAUCCAGGAAAAAUAUAUGGAUCAAAAGAAGACAAUGAAGAUGCUUUGAAGUCACUUUCAGAGAUACAUUUAGCGGAGAACCAAUCUAAAGAAUCACUUGCAACCAUGAUAGUGAAGUUUCUUGGCAACUUGUCUGAUCAAGAAUCAUCCAAAACAAGAAACCAGUUACUUAGCAAUUUCAUUCCUGAUGAUGGAUAUCCCUGUGGAACAAAUCUGUUCAUGGAGACACCUGCACAAACAUAUGAAUCUGGAUCAGCAGAUAACCUAUCUCCUGAAAAGGUUGAGCCUCCAUUAUUCACAGUAGACGAUGAUGUUUUACCUAGCACGUUCAAAGGUCAAACAUGUGACGGCUCAUGUUUGGCAUCUGAGCCUCAAAAUCUCCUGAGUGUUGAAGAACUUCUUGAUGCACUUUCAGAGACAGCACAUCAAGUUGGAAGACACUCUGUGUCAGCCCCUCCUGACAUGCCGUAUAGUGAAAUGGCUGGGAACUGUGAGGCCCUUCUGGUGGGGAAGCAGCAGAAGAUGUCUGCUGUAAUGAGUGCUCAACAGAAUCGAGAAAGUUUUGGGAGUAUUUCUGCAAAGGAGGUGCAACCUCAUUCGCAUGUUGAAUCAAGUUCCUUUAAGAGUGAAAAUCCAUUUCUUGAUGAAAAUAUUGGUGUUGGCUCUUUAAAUCAAUCUGGUGGCACUAGUCUGAAGCUUUGUGCAACCGAGCACCACCAUCAGCCCUGCUUUCAGCUUCCUGCAUCAAUCCCAUAUGACAAUUUUUUGAAGGCUGCUGGUUGCUGAUAACCUAGAGAAAGAAUUGAAACGUAGGGUCGUAAUCAGGCUCGAGCUGUGGAUGCACCCGUGUUGGGCCUGGGACUAACUAAUUUUGUAAUUUGAUACCCACACCAUGUCGAUUGUUGAUGGUUUCAUUCAUCAUUUUGUCUAUUCAUAGUGUUAUUCCUCCCCCCCCCCUUUUGUAUUCUUUAAAUUGUCGGGUGCAGUUGGGAUGGUCAUUGCAGGGUUGACUUUAAGUGCCCUUUACUUUCACUUGUGUUUCAUUUGAAACCAAGGAAGGUUCAUUCGUCGCUUGCA